AACAUUGAACAGAUUCCCAACUCUUGUAGGACAGGAGACGCCUCAAACACAGCGCGCACAGGACGCAUGGUCCCCAGCCCGGGGCACCCCUGCGCCAGCAUGGCCCAGACAGGUGUCUCCCUCUGCUUCCCCUGGUACCUCGCCUCUGCCCCGACGGCCACCUUGCUCUUCAGCCUGGUCCUCGCCUCCUUCCACUUGUCCUGCUGCGCAGAAGCCAGCAGCGUCAACUCAACCCUGAGUAUACACCACCCAGACCCUGGGACCCUGGAGCAGUGUGCCAACGUCGACUUCUGCCCACUAGCCUCCCUGUGCUGCCGAGCUUCAGUGGAUGAAUACGGCUGGAUUGCGGCAGCGGUCGGCUGGAGCCUCUGGUUCCUCACCCUCAUCCUGCUCUGUGUGGACAAACUCAUGAAGCUAACUCCAGACGAGCCCAAAGACCUGGAAGCCUGAGCACGGAGCUGGGGGGGGGGGGCCGGGGGGAGCAACGCUGGCUAUUCCCACGCGCGCAUGGAUAACAGGGAGCGGGAGGAGCUUUCUAGAAGCAGGGCUUUUGUCGCUUUAAAGUCAUUUGCUCCUCUAA